AUGUCAGAUUCGUUUCGAUGUUAUAGAGAGAAUUCUGCUAACGGAUACCUCACUGAUGAUGACGAUGAUCGCGAUCUUUCUCCAAAUGCACGACUGGACCUUCCCGAGAAGCUGCCUGAAAGCAACGACGAAGAGGUGGACGGUCUACGUAGCUCCUCGAAUGAUUCCGUUCAGGAUGUGGUUUGCUCUUCUCCUAUAACUCCAAUAGAACUACCAGCAUCAGGACCGUCGCUGUCAGACUCGUUGGCCUCACUCACUGUAGAUGAAAUGUCCCAAAUAGGGGCUGCUGCUGAUCGAAGUCGAUCUUUCAUCGGAGGGCAAGACCCAGACGAACCUCUAUCCCCCUAUUCUGCCCGGUUAGCGAAUGAUCCAUCUUCGAAGGGAAAGUUACGAGACCGUCUGCUACGGAAGACGCUGUCGAAGUCGAGGAAGGAUGAAGUUCCCCGGCACGUUUUACCAUUUUCGACCGUUGGUGAAGAAGUGGUCGAUGUCCGUAAACUUGCUCUCGAGAAUCCAGAUGAAGAUAUUGUGGAAGAGUCGAUUGUAACAAUGGAUGCAUAUCCUGAGCCGGACGAUAUUGUGGUGCUCUACGAAAGCAAGGACAAGGGUAGAAAAAGUGAUGUUGACAAAAUAGAUCGCUCACGAGGUGAUGCGGAGCCUGACGUUAUAACAAUUGAUUCAUCCUCCGAUGAGGAAAAUGGAGAUUUCUGCUCUACAAAUCGGGAAGCCCCACCUUGUAACAAGAGAUCGCGCUCGCCUGAGGAAGUCAAGGUGGUCAAGACGGUGUCAAAGUUUUCACAUGAUACCACUGGAGUUCUAGAAAACAAACUUGCAAAUUUGAAUGCGCUGACCACUCGUCCACUCGCCCUACCAGAUGGUGGAGAAAAGCUCCUCCAGCACAUUAACGAUGUUCGCGAGGAGUUAAAAAUAAGAAAACAGAUAUAUAACGACACCGUCACUGAUGUACCGGACUUCCUUAAAGACAAUGCUCACGAUGGCUGGGAGGCGGAGUCAAGGUUAAGCAGAUACUUGAGGGUUUACUAUACUGGAUUGAAUAAGCUCUUCAGAGCCAUCACAUCUCAACCAGACGCUCAACAACUCACAGAAACUCCAGAAGGACUUUUGGUCCCCUUGAAGGAGCACCAAAUGUCGGGCCUGACAUGGAUGAAGUGGCGAGAAUCAUUGUCUCCCAAAGAGGAAUUCUCAUUAAUACCAUCGAACGCCACUCUAGUGAUUGCACCUGCGGCGCUAAUUUAUCACUGGGAGACAGAAAUCAGAUCUCGUUGCGAAGAUCACUUGCUGAAGAUAAAAGUUUAUCACAAUAACAGGAAAAACGUUCAGCAUGAAAUGUGA